CUGCCGCCGGAUUAGAUAAGGUAUCUCCUUGGACAGAUCUCUCUGGCUUGUUAUGGAUGCAGGUAGUAUUCUCCCAACGAGCCCCCAAAACAUCCAGAGUUUCCACGCGUGCCCUCGUUCUGCAGAGUUUCAAUUUCGACCUCAACGGCGAGCUGACUGGCAUUUCUUCUCACUUCAAAUCUUACCCAUCAAUCACCAUGUGGUUGAUCAACACACGCACCCUUGAGCUCGAGGAGUUUGUGGGCGCCGACAUACCCGCGUAUGCCAUUCUUUCGCACACAUGGGAGACUGGAGAGGUCACAUUUCACGACGCCAAAGCAAAGCUCCUGGGGAAGCAGACCUCUCAAGGCGCCCGCAAGGUAGCAAAGGCAUGUGAAGUUGCGGCCGAGCAUGGACUGGCCUAUGCGUGGGUCGAUACGUGUUGUAUUGACAAGUCCAGUAGUGCAGAGCUCACAGAGGCCAUCAAUUCCAUGUUCCAAUGGUAUCGCUUGUCGCAGAUUUGCUUGGUCUACCUCUCCGACCUCAAAGCAGUUGAACUUGACCACGCAAUGUACACAUCCCGCUGGUUCAAACGUGGAUGGACGCUUCAAGAACUCAUCGCUCCCUCCAGACUCAUGUUCUACGACCAGGACUGGAAGAAAAGGGGAACGAAAGAGGAUUUGGCAAGCCUACUUAGCAAGAUCACUCGCAUUGAUAUUGGAAUCUUGUUGGAUCCUUCCAGAAUGUAUACUGUUCCGGUUGGCAAAAGAAUGAGUUGGGCGGCUGACCGGCAAACAACGCGUUUGGAAGACAGGGCCUAUUCUUUGCUGGGAAUCUUUGACAUUAACAUGCCUCUAAUAUACGGAGAGGGCCCGAAGGCCUUUACAAGGCUGCAAGAGGAAAUUAUACGGCGAAGCAACGAUGUCAGCAUCUUUUGCUGGCGGACCCAGGAAAAUACACGUUGGCGCGGUAUACUGGCCUCCUCGCCUGAUGAUUUCAGGUGUGCAGCAGACACUGAGGAUGAUGUGGCUCUCAAGAACGGCCCUGAAUACACUUUGACAAACAAGGGCCUCCGAAUUGAGCUCGAUCUUGCGUCUGCUGGCCCGAACCUCUACUUGAUGGCACUAUAUUGUACCGACUACUUCAAGGACGAGUGGGAGUGCAUCUACUUGACGGCCAUUGGUAAGGAUUCGUAUGCGAGGGCUCGACCACAAGAGCUUGUUUGCAAAGCCCGAAAGGGUUUGUCGUGGGUCCGGAAGCAGUCUCAAUACCUCACUGAGGAGAUGGACUCUGAGAUGUCGUCCAUUACACUCAGGCAUGCUUUGGAUAGGUCAUUCACGUUUGAUGGGCUUCUACACACAAGGUUGGGAUACCAGCUUGGCGGCACACAUCCUGAACGUUUGUGGCAUCACGAUCACGCCGCGUUUCUUCAUGUCGGUUACAAGCCUUUCGUUGGCUGUCAUGUGUUGAAGCCGAAUCCAAGGCGCUUUGCCUCUGCGGUGAUACUUGCCUUCGGAGUCACGAAUGAAGGGCGCAGCUGGCUGUGUUUUGUAGAGAGACAUACCAUCUGUCCCUGGUCCCCAUCGCAGCGUGUCUUGAACCGUGCUGAAUGCCUGAAUACUCCUGUCAAAUGGUCAAGGGAAGUCAGGUCAAGCAUAGUAGGCAGUAUAGGUCAAUACGGAAUCUUUCGAGAUCAGAAAGAGGAUAUGCUUGCCGCAACGUGGGCAACAGACUCCACAUUUCUUACGGCUACACUUGCCGAAGAAGUGCGAGAUGGCUGCACCACGUAUGUCAUAAAGCUGAGAGAUAAAAUCAUUGUAAGCAGCGAGGAUAGCCAGGAGCAGAAUACGGGUGGACCAAAAGAUGGAGACAGAAAGUCGUGGCUGAUGAGGGCUAUCGGCCUUUGA